GAUCUUGGCAUGAUUCGGGCUAGGUUGCCUCUGGUCAGACAGUGCUCGAGAUGUUUUUCGUCGAGUCCAGUCCCCUUCGCCGAUCAGAGCACUCCCGGCAAUAAAAAGGAUUUCGAACCACGAAGGAGUUUCAAUCUACCAAGUACCGUUCCAUCAUGGUACGCGGGCCACAUGUACCGCGCGAUGCGGUCGUUGCCUGCGCUCCUUGCGAGAUCUCCGCCUCCACUCAUCGUCGAGGUCCGAGAUGCUCGUCUUCCUCUCUCUAGCAUCAACCCGGCAUUCGAGGAUCUACUUGUCAGCAUGGAAAAGACUGCAUCUGCUGGGUCGAUGACGGCAGGACAGAGAUCGCUGGACCACGCGGCAGAAUGGCGACGACGUAGGCUUAUUGUCUAUACGAAGCGCGAUUUGAUCGAUGAACGACUCUGCGAGCCUCUGAGAAAGGCGCUUGAGGAAACUGGACAAGGAAAAGAUGUCAUGUUCAUCGACUCGAGAAAUGAUCGUCAAAUCAGAAGGUUGCUGGGAUGGAUCAAGGAACGAGCUGCCCUUCUGGCUUCAUCUGCAUCAGCUGAAGCUCCUGCACAGGGGCUGAUACCCCGCUCCUCGCGCCCCAAGAAUCUCUCGGGCGCAUUCAAACACACACCCACGCCAGACGAAGGUGUCCGUCUCAUCAUCCUCGGCAUGCCAAACGUCGGCAAGAGCAGCCUCCUUAACGCACUCAGACGUGUGGGCACGGGAAAGGGCAAGGCUGCUUCAACCGCACCAGAGCCUGGACACACACGGAAGUUGACAGGGACGGUUCGCAUCACUAAGCAGCAGCCUACAUUUCAAUUGGGCGGAGACGAAGAAGAGGGGAAGGAAGGGGAAGAUCGUGUGGGAAAGAAGGCGUCAGAUGAGCCGCCGGUGUACGUCUACGACACGCCUGGCGUCAUGGUUCCAUUUCUGGGACACGGCGCCGAAGGCGCUGAAAAGGGCGUGAAACUUGCUGUGGCGGCCGGCAUCAAGAGCUCCCUCUUUGACGCCAUUGGCCUAGCCGACUACCUCCUCUACCGACUCAAUCUCCAAUUCGCCUGGCGUCGUCAUCGUCGCCAGGGUGAUGCUGACACGCAUCACCAAGAGGCUCUCCCCGCCUACCUUGAACACCUUCCGCUUCCAAAGGAAGCUGCUCAGAGCCCAACGAAUGACAUCACCGAAUUUCUGGGACAUCUCGCCGAACGGGCACCCGGGACUCUGUCAAAGGGAGGCCAACGAGAUCUCGAAGCGGCUGCACAGUUCUUCCUGGACAGGUGGCGCAACGGCAAGCUCGGGAAGGACACCGGCGAGCUCGACUUGGGUUGCUGGGAAGAAAGCCUGGCGAACGAGAUGGAGAUAAAUACCGAUGGCAGGAAGCUUGGCGCCGAGAGGAGAGAAGACGUAGAGGCGCACAUUCGGGCCGUCGUGAAGGCUCACUUUGACCAAGUCGAGCAGGCCAGGAAGGAGGGUGUUGCGACGAGCCUGCGGCCCGCAAGGGGCGCCGAUCGAGCUUCGAGACGGACGAUGGAGCGCGCUUCCUAUGAUGAUCUGUUGUCUUCGUCCCGUUCAGAGGAGCAGGACUCGAAAGAGGGGUCGCUCAUGAGCAAGCAUCAAGCGAAAAAGCGCGACCGGGCAAGGCAAGUUGCUGUACGUAAUCAACGCUUGCGAGAAAAGGGUGUGCUGGUACGACGUCAGUUUGCUGCCAAGAAGGCCUCAUCGUCCCCAGCCUCGGCUCCAGGAGUAGCACAUCGACGAUCCAACCGACCACGUCGGAAAUGAAGUUGAGAAGAUCACAUCUGUAUUAUAACAUUGCUAGUAAUAAGUAUC